AUGCACACGACAGUCCCAUGUGUCAUCUUCCUGAGCUCCUGCGGCAAGCAGGUGUCUGCCCAGCUGACCAUCAUUGCCACGGCCAUCUCUCCAGGGGCCACCGAGGGAGACAAUGUCACCCUGUCAGUCCAGGUUUUAAAUUCAGCCGCCGUGCCGACGCUCCGGGGCCGGGAGACAGGCAGCGCUGACGGUUCCCCGACCGUCACUGAUGUGCGAGUGUCCGACGGCGGCGGCCGCAGCCUGCAGCUCAUCUCUGUAGAUGGGGCGGGGGGCCAUCAUGCCAUGCUACUCGUCUCUGGCAAGGCCUACUCCGUCUCGCUUUUGACUAUAUGGAGUCUGCCAGCUGCAGCCCAGCUCAUCCUUGGCGUCAACCUGCUUAACACCACCCGGAGUGAGAAGGAUGUGUUCCUUCUAUGUCUGGGACCCCCUGGACACCCCUGCCUCAAGGCAGAUUCAGAGAUCGGUUCCACGCCCAAGCAGGAUGAGUCUGAUUGGCCCAGCCAGGGUCUGGCAACAACCAGUGGGAUCCCUUGUUCUGGGGGCAGAGAAUUGCUGGCCAAGCCCACCAUUUCAGUCAGCCAGCUCACUGCCAUAGAGCAGAGGGAGAUAGUGACCUUCUACUGUGACAGCAAGGAUGACGACAUUACCAUCCACGGAGUCUCCAGCAGUCUCCCCCUGGUGUCUCAUGAGCACAUCAAGACCCUUCCCAUCCUCACUGUCCGGUGGGAAGACUCUGGGACUUCCCAGUGUGAAGCCUGGGGUGUCCUCCAGGUCCAGAGCAGCGACCCCACCUACCUGAUGGUCAAGGGUGGUCCUGAUCCUGUUGAAAUCAAGUUGGAGUCUGGUGUGCACAGUGGGGAGGUGGCUGAGGUACAGGAUUCCACCAUGACCUUCUUGGAACAGUCUCGCCCACCUCCUAUCUAUUCCUGGUUUCUCCCCAAUGUUUCCAUCUCAUCUCCCACCAUAAGAACAACCACCAUCCUUGCUGUGUCCAGGGAACACAAAGGCAUGUACAGGUGCUUGGUGCUCAACAAUGCCACCCACCCAUCCCGCCUGGGUGCUCUUAAAGUGUGCGUUCUUGGACAAUCCCCAGCCUUGAGCCCCUCUGGCAAUCAGAAGGGAUAUAACUGCCUCUGA